UGGGUCUCUAUUCGGAUUAUUAUGGGCAGAUCCGCUCACAAUUACUGACUCAGACGCCUUUACCUACCCUCACUCGUUCAUUCCAACAAGUAGUUCAAGAAGAGCGGGUCCGUGGUAUUACUCAAAUGAAGGAGGAAAAGCCGGAGGUUGUAGGUUUUGCUGUGCGUGCGGCGGGACGGGGAAAACCCAGCCGAGAGAAAACAGACAAAUCGGGCAUUGUUUGCUCCUAUUGCAAAUUUACAGGUCAUGAAGCCGCAAAUUGCUUUGAAAUACUUGGAUACCCGGACUGGUGGGGAGAUCGGCCACGACUUGGAAUUAAUAAAAAACCAGGUGCUGGACGUGGGAAGGCCUCAUCACUGGCAGAAAGUGGGAGGAUGUCUGGACCUACUGGAGGAAGUGGAAAAAGCCACGUACGUGCACAUGCAGCAGCAGCCGGUCAUGCUCCUUCAACAGAACGAGUGGCUGCCGAAUUCAACAAUAAUUCUGCCCCUCUUCCAGGAUUCACAGCGGAUCAAUGGAAGACUUUAGUGGCAGUGUUCGGUAACCCUCAAACGCAACCCGAAAGAAUGUCCGGACCUUCACUCGAGGAAGCUGAUUGGCACGGGUGAGAGGAGGGAUGGAUUGUACUACUUGCGACUCACAUCAGAGAUUUUGUCUGUUACUGUGGAUGGUUUGCAUGCUUCUUUGGACACGUGGCACAAACGAUUAGGACACCCUUCUGAGCAGGUGACUAAAUGGUUGUCUACGGCGUCAACAACUUCAGAUAGUGUGAAUUCACCGUGUGAAGUUUGUCUCCGUGCUAAACAAAGCAGAGAUUCUUUUCCUUUAAGUAUUAAUAAAUCAACUCAUAUAUUUGAGCUUUUGCAUUGUGAUUUGUGGGGACCAUAUAAUACCCCUGCGUCGUGUGGAGCCAAGUAUUUUUUGACUCUUGUUGACGAUUUUUCUCGAGCUGUUUGGGUUUAUUUGCUAUGUGACAAAAAGGAGGUCUUUAAAGUUUUUAUGUCAUUUAUUGCAAUGGUUGC